CCCAAUCCCGCUCACGUACUGCAUCGCUAGUCAUCAGACAGACUGUAGAUGUCCCGUCCCGUCCCGUCUGCAGCAGUCUGCCUCAGCACCUUGCCUGCCCGACAUGCCCUUGGAUAUUACCGGCCCUCCUUCUGCUACAAACUACUGUAGAACUAUAGAAACCACUAAACACUAACAGAGGACAUCGCAGUAGGACGGAGAGUAACGUUACCUGGGUUCUUGACACUUUUACACUGCGUCUGAUCUAAAGGAUUUUUUAGUCGGUCUCUACUUUUUUGUUGUUGUACCGACUUUUCCCAAAUCGACGUGUAUGGAUGUAUCAUGGCUACGUUUGCAUGCAGGGUGCAGUUCUUAGAUGAUACUGAUCCAUUUAAUAGCACAAAUUUUCCCGAGCCGACCAGACCCCCACAUUUCACAUUCAGAGAGGAUAUUCCGCUCAUCAAUCAGAUCGCUGGAGUUCACAGACUUCUGAAAGCCCCACACAAGCUCGAUGACUGUGCUUUACAGUUGUCUCAUAAUGGCAGUUAUCUGGACUUGGAAUCCACCUUGGCUGAGCAGAGAGAUGAACUUGAAGGCUUUCAGGAAGAUGGAGGGAGAGGAAAAAAGUACAGUAUUAUCCUGAGAACACAGCUUUCUGUCAGAGUCCAUGCCUGCAUAGAAAAGCUCUACAAUUCGACCGGACGUGAGCUGCGAAGAGCGCUGUUCUCUCUCAAGCAAAUCUUUCAGGAUGAUAAAGAUCUGGUGCAUGAGUUUGUGAUGGCUGAAGGACUCACGUGUCUUAUUAAAGUGGGAGCUGAGGCUGACCAAAACUACCAGAACUACAUCCUCAGAGCUCUUGGACAAAUCAUGCUCUAUGUGGAUGGAAUGAAUGGGCUUAUUGGACACAAUGAAACUGUACAGUGGCUUUACACACUGGUCGGCUCAAAGUUCCGGUUAGUUGUUAAAACUGCUCUGAAGCUGCUGCUGGUUUUUGUGGAAUACACCGAGACCAACGCACCUCUCCUCAUCCAGGCCAUCAACACUGUGGACACCAAGCAAGACUGUAAGCCCUGGUCUAAUGCCAUGGAAAUCUUGGAUGAAAAAGAUGGAAUGGACACAGAGCUGUUGGUUUAUGCCAUGACCCUUAUCAACAAGACAUUGGCUGGUCUUCCUGACCAGGACACGUUCUAUGAUGUGGUUGACAGUCUGGAGGAGCAGGGCAUGGAGGCUGUGGCCCAGAGGCACAUUAACAGGAAGGGCACAGAUUUGGACCUAGUGGAACAGUUCAAUAUCUAUGAGUCAACUCUACGUCAUGAAGACGGUGAUGAUGAGACUCAGCCUCCUCCAUCCGGACACAAAAGUCGGCGUCGGGCCAGUGUAGGAGCCACACCUGAGAGGCGGGGUUUGGAACGUCGCCGCAGCCGAAGACAUUCACUCCAAAACGGGAAAGGCCACACCUCUGCUCCUUCUUCCCCCUGUCACAGCCACACGCCCAACAAACUGCCCCUCAAUGGCCAGAGGAUAGAUGAUAUCAGCGAAAGCAAUGGCUACGCAGGUACAUACCCCGGCAGGUCAUCUGGGGUGUCCAGUGCCCCAUCCACACCAUACAACCGCUUCGGCCCCCCAGGAGGUCCACCUGCAGACAGUAAGCCCGACAGGCCUACUCUAGGUGGAUUGUUAACCUCCUCCUAUAGGCAACAUCAGGAGUCUCUGAAUGCAGAACGUGAGCGGAGGCGCCUGGAGAGAGAGGAGAGACUUCAGCGCAUUGAAAGAGAAGAGAGAAACCGUUUCAAUCGGGAUUAUGUGGACAAGAGAGAAGAAGUCAAACAAGCUCGAGAAGAAAGAUAUAAGCAAUUGGAGCGGCUGGCAGCAGAGGAAAAUGAAAGGGAACGGUCAAGAACGACACGGGGGCGAACAGAAAUCACCCUCAGCCUGAGUUCCCGAUCCUCCAGUAGCUCUUUGUCUCGUUCUGCCACCCCUUUGACUGUAGAAGCUCAAGAGGAUAAACGUUCUGUUCCACAUCCAGCACGAGGAACUGAGUCUGAAACAAGCCAUCCUGUGCAGGCAGCAGUUGCGUGGCCUUCCUCAGAGCCUCCCUCUGCCUCAGCAUCUGCGCUGCUCUUGUCUUCCAAACCAGAGGAACAGAGACCUGUGGAACCAUCAGACAUUACGCUCUCUCUGUCUCCAACAAACUCUGAGCCAGAGAGACCUGAGACAGUGGAGAAAGCAGAGGAAGCUGAAGCCAAAGAGUGUGAAGAACUGGUAGUGAGGGGAAUGAAAGAUGAAAAGAAAGAAGAGGCAGAAGGAAACUUUGAGGAAGAGACUAAUCAAAUGGGUACAGAAGAGUGUGUGAGAGAGCAGAUUUCAGGGGAUGUAGAGGAGAGUGCCGUCCUGAGUGAGAAAGAGAGGCAGAAUGAGGAACUGAAUGAGAAAGAUAACUGCUCUGCCUCCAGCAUCUCCUCAGCCAGCAGCACUCUGGAGAGAGAAGAACGAGAAGCGAAGCAUGUCAGUGACAGUGACUCAGGCCGGUGGGCAGACUGUAUGAAUACAGCGGAUGUGAACGAUCCAUGCAACAAAGUUCUUAACAGCAAACACUUCAUGUUGGACAUGCUUUAUGCUCAAAACAAGAAGGCAGAGGAAGAUGAGAAAGAAAAGGAGAAUGAGAAAGAGUGUCCAGGUCAGGAUUCCUCUGUUACCAGCCUUGCUUGUCGCAUCUCCACUCUGGAAGCACGACGGCAAGCUUGUGACGACAACAUGAAGAAAUUGGAAGUGGAGCAUCUGGAUAACCAGGGAAGCGUAAGGGCUGUGGCUGAGAAAUUUGGAGAUUUGGUGAAAGGACUGGUAUCGCCUCAUGAGUUGGAGCAUUCUGGGAAGGAAAAGCAGCAAGCACAGGGAAAACCUCUGCCGGCUCCUUCACCAACACCACCUAAAAAGGAGUCAGACCACAUAUGGGACCAACUGAUGGCCACACCACGGGAACUACGUAUUAAAGAGCUGGACUUUACGGACUUAGGAGAGGAGGAUGAUGUAGACAUUUUGGAUGUUGGCAAUGUGAUCGGGUCAAGUGACCACACACCACCUCCUCCCCCGCCUCCCUGCUUGCCUGGUCUUCCACCCCCACCACCUUUAUUUGGAUGCCCCCCACCUCCCCCUAUCCCUGGCAUGAUGAUGCCCCCUCCACCACCUUUUUUGGCUUCAGUAACUCCCCCACAUCUCGGAUCUCCUCAGCUUAGUCGAGGAGAGUCUCCUCUCUUCCAGAAGAAGAAGAAGACCAUCCGGCUAUUUUGGAAUGAGGUCAGACCUAUAGACUGGCAGUACAGCGAUCACAAGAGAUGCAGGGAGUCACUGUGGUCUAAACUUGAUCCAGUCAAACUGGACACAGCCAAAUUGGAAAACCUCUUUGAGACAAAAUCCAAGGAGCUCCCAGUUACAAAGAAAACGGCAGCAGAUGGGAAGCGUCAGGAGAUCAUCGUUCUGGAUUCCAAAAGAAGUAACGCCAUCAACAUUGGCCUGACGGUCCUGCCGCCUCCUCGUACCAUCAAAACAGCCAUCCUCAACUUUGAUGAGUACGCCUUGAGCAAAGAGGGCAUAGAGAAAAUCCUGACAAUGAUUCCUUCGGAGGAGGAGACGCAGAAGAUUCAGGAGGCCCAGCUGGCGAACCCCGAUACUCCACUGGGCAGCGCAGAGCAGUUCCUCCUCAUUCUGUCCUCCAUCAGUGAGCUGUCCGCCCGCUUGCAGCUUUGGGCCUUUAAGAUGGACUAUGACGCUUUAGAGAAGGAAGUAGCAGAGCCACUACAGGACCUGAAGGAGGGCAUGGACCAAUUAGAAAAGAAUAAGACGCUGCGCUGCAUCCUUUCAACUCUGCUAGCUAUUGGCAACUUUCUCAAUGGGACCAAUGCUAAAGGCUUUGAGCUGAGUUACCUAGAGAAAGUUCCUGAGGUGAAGGACACCGUUCACAAACAGUCUCUACUGCAUCACGUCUGCUCCAUCGUCGUGGAGAAGUUUCCAGAGAGUUCAGACCUCUACUCUGAGAUUGGAGCCAUCACUCGCUCUGCUAAGGUUGACUUCGACCAGCUGCAGGAUAACCUAUGUCAGAUGGAGCGCCGCUGCAAAGCAUCCUGGGACCACCUGAAGGUCAUCGCCAAACACGAAAUGAAACCAGCCCUUAAGCAGCGCAUGUCAGACUUCCUUAAAGACUGUGCUGAGAGAAUUAUCAUCCUUAAAAUUGUGCAUCGCCGCAUCAUAAACAGGUUUCACUCAUUCCUGCUGUUCCUGGGCCACCCACCUUAUGCGAUACGAGAGGUGAGCAUCCACCGCUUCAGUAAGAUUCUGAGUGAAUUUGCACUUGAGUACCGCACCACCCGAGAGCGAGUGCUACAGCAGAAACAGAAACGAGCCAAUCACCGCGAGAGGAACAAGACCCGGGGCAAAAUGAUCACAGAGAGUGGGAAGUUCGCAGGAUCUCCUCUGGAGGGUCAGGAGAGUCAGCUGCAGGGUUUGGGCUACACGGAGGACGUCGCUGAACAUGAGCAGAUGACUGCAGUACUGCGCACCAGCCUGCAGGGCGGCGACAGUCCGUCCUCUGUACUCCCCGGCCUCCGCACACGGACCCGAGCCACUCGAGGCCAUACGGCACUUUUGUCUGCUGCAAAUGAAGACACUUCUAAUUGCACAAAUGAUACAGCGGAUGAGAUCAUGGAACGCAUUGUGAAAUCAGCCACUCAGGGCCCCAGUCAGUGCACACAGCCCCGUGAGAGGAGACGCUCCAGAGCCAACCGCAAAUCCUUAAGAAGAACACUGAAGAACGGUCUUACGCCAGAGGAGGCGCAGGCACUGGGAUUGGCCAGCAGCUCUGAGAUGCAAGUGUGAGACAGCGUCCGCUCAGGGUCUCGGCACACACACAUCCAAACACAAAUGUGCUGGAACAGGUCACUUUAGCUCGAGUUUGCUUUCCUCUGGAGCAGGUGCAUGUUUCUGGGUUUGUGUUUAACAGCAGUUAUUGCUGUGGACUAUGUGUAUUCUCACAGGUGAAAGGGACUAUAAUCACUAACCCAAUAUACUUCACUUAUCCUGGGACGUGUAGUCCGACCUUACUCCAUUUACUAGCUUAUGCAUUUUGUCCCAAGGUGGUCUAAGAGCAUCACUGAAACCACUCAGGUGCAUGUUCACUGUUCCUGCAGACUAUUAAUGAUAUCGCAAACAUUCAUUUUAAUGCAUUUUUGAAAGAGAACAAGCACAGUUGCAGUGCAACUUCCUAAUGCACAACAUUUAUAGAUGCUCGCUCAAACACACACACACACACACACAGCCUGCAGAAUGCUGAUUGUCCAGUUCUCCAGUACAGAGACAAAUGUCCGUCUCUUACCGCUGUGGCCUUCAGAAUGAUCCCAAAGAACUGUGUUUGAAGAUGACUGGAUGCCCUCUCACCAUUUCUGUUUGUACUGGCUGUUUGUUUGAAUUCAGAUGGUAUUGAUAGUAGCACCUUCAGCAUUCAUAUCUCAUGUAAAUCAGCAGAGAUUCUUCUCUGGUUCACUGCUGUGGUAAAACGUGUUUUUUUUUUUGUUUGUUUUUUUUGCCUGCUUUUAAAAAAAGCAGGGCUUCUUAUGUUACAUGUCCAAUUACUUUCAGAUAGUUUGAGUUUGAGCAAGAGUUAAGGUUCUUCAAUUUCUGCUGAAGUCUCCUUGUGUGAUCGAAACCUGCUUAACAUUGCUUAACAGAUGAUCAAAUUACUUUUUCAGACAGAUGCAAAGUAACUAGAAAGUCAUCUUUCUCUUUUCCCUUCAGCUGUGUUAUUUCCUCAUACGUUAUCUCUAUAGUAAUGCAUUCAUUUCAUAAAGUAGGCAAUCACCCAUUUAAAUGAAAGGACUUCUAGCCGUACUUGGUUAAAAAAACAAAAACAAAGAUUGCAUUAUAAAAAUGAGUGCCUUGAUGUUUUAUUUGAUUAUUUGGUCAGGAAAGGAAGGAAAAGGGAAAGAUUUUAGGGCAGUUUAAAGGAUUUAUAGUAGACACAAAAACGUACAGUUCUGUUAUUAUUUUAUAAUUCUAAACUAAUCUGGAUAUUUGGGAUAUAAAUUGAAUAUUUUGAUCAAGUUGCGAGUUAAAAGUUAACAUUCUAGUGAUCAGUGAAUAAAAACUUGUUCUGUUUGCCUCAGAACAUUAUAUUAUGACUUCAAAUAAUAGCCCACAAGUCAUAUGGACUACUUGUUUUGUUGCUUUUUUCGUAAUAAUAGGUAAAAGUCCAUGGAUGUAGGGAAAAGAGCUUCAUAAUAAUUUUUCAAUAUAUUGAGCAUUUCUACAGACCCACAACAGUCAUAUUGAUUUGGACAGAGUAAAUUACCGAAUGUUACAAAGGAGUAGUAAUUAAAGUCAAUGCGAUCUUUAAGUUUUUUUUUCUCUCACUGCAAGAAAUUUGAUCAAUCAUCUUUAUUUUUUUUUGAGGGGGCUGUGGGAUUUAACAGAUUUACUAGAGACACGUCCACUGUCAAUAAUAGUAAUACCAUUCAGCACCUUAUGUGUAGCAUGCAAUUUCGAAAGGAAUUGGAAAAUUGAGUAUUAUAGAGACUUUUUUCACCUUUUUCCCCUCAGAUUUUUACUCUGAGUAUUAUGUGGAUAAGAGAUUAGAUACGUGUAAAGUAGAACGUUGAUGUAGAGGCUAAACAUGAGACAGAUGCUGUACAAUUGUGUAAAUGUCACUUCAACGUUUUUAUUUUUUGCUGUGUUCAUGUUUUGUUUGUGUUUUGUAUAAAAUAGUGUAUUAUAGGUCACAAGCAGUGUUAUUCUGUGAAAAUUCUAAUUUAAGAGAAAACAAGCCAUGCAUGGAUUCAAACAAAAAUGAUUUCAGCAGGCAGUGUCUUUAUUUUGUGGCUAAAUGGAUAGGGCCUGUGACGUCUCGAUACCCUGUGAACGUAGAUUUUGUUUCAUGUGUUUACGCAGCACAGACUUGAAACAUUGUCAUGCACCUAUCAGCCCUGCUCAAAUGGCCUUUGAUAUUAUUGCACUCGCAUACAGAGUUUCACCCAUUGCUUCACGUGCCAUAAAAAGUUGGUUUUGAAAAGAAGAAAAAAAAAAAGAUUGAGAAUGUGAAAAUCUGACUUCUAAAUUCCAAAAGGAAAAGCAUUUACUGUACUUUGCAAUAAAAAGCUUUUACAGCAACACCCAGAA